AUGGGGGUGUUGCAAGCUUUAUUGGAUGGUGUUAAACUUUUAAAAAAGGAACAAAUAUUGCCAGUAGGUUCAUCCGAUUUGUCGUUUUUGUUGUUGUUUUUUUUGUGUUUAAUUGGGUUUUCUGUUUAUACUAUUUUAAUUAGCGGGGUGGUUAGAAAGUCAAAGUACGGUAUUGUGGGGGCUUUACGGGCUAGUAGUCAAAUAAUAGUAAUUGCGGAGUUAAAUCGUGCUCCUUUUGAUUUUGCUGAGGGAGAAAGAGAAUUAGUAAGGGGGUACAAUGUUGAAUAUGGUAGUGUUGCUUUUGUUUUAUUGUUUUUAAGCGAAUAC